GGGCGGGGCGGGGCGCAGCGGAGCCGAGCCGAGCGGAGCGGAGCGGCCGGGAGGCGGCGGCGGCACCGGGGCCGUCUGAGGGAAUGCACGCGGCCGCCAACAUGGCUGCGGCCGCCGCCGGCCGGGCGGCGCGACCCCUUGUCAAAAGCAGCGGCUCCCUGAGGGUCCCCCUCCGAUGGCAAGGCCAGGCAUCUGCGGCCGUGGCGGCCAAGAGCACGAAGCCCCAGAUUCAGCCAGAAGCACGGAAACCUAAAACAGGAAUCUUGAUGCUAAACAUGGGAGGUCCAGAAAGGCUGGAUGAUGUGCAUGAUUUCUUACUUCGUCUCUUCCUGGACAGGGAUCUAAUGACGCUUCCAGUACAAAAUAAAUUAGCACCAUUCAUCGCUAAACGCCGCACACCGAGGAUCCAGGAACAGUACAGCAGGAUUGGAGGUGGAUCACCGAUCAAGAAGUGGACAGCAGUGCAGGGAGAAGGCAUGGUGAAGCUGCUGGAUAGCAUGUCUCCUCACACAGCGCCUCACAAGUACUACAUCGGCUUCCGGUACGUGCACCCUCUGACGGAAGAGGCGAUCGAGGAGAUGGAGCGGGAUGGCAUCGAACGGGCCAUCGCUUUCACACAGUACCCGCAGUACAGCUGCUCUACCACAGGAAGCAGUUUAAAUGCUAUUUAUCGCUACUAUAAUAAAAAGGGGGAGAAGCCAAAGAUGAAGUGGAGUAUAAUUGACCGAUGGCCCACACAUCCCCUGCUCAUUCAGUGCUUUACCGAUCACAUACAGAAGGAACUGGACCUGUUUCCACCUGACAAAAGGAAAGAUGUUGUCAUCCUUUUCUCAGCUCACUCGCUCCCCAUGUCUGUAGUGAACCGUGGUGAUCCGUAUCCGCAAGAAGUGGGAGCUACUGUUCAGAGAGUCAUGGAGAAGCUGAACUACUCCAACCCCUACAGGCUGGUCUGGCAGUCCAAGGUUGGGCCAAUGCCUUGGCUUGGUCCACAGACAGAUGAGACCAUUAAAGGCCUGUGCCAAAGAGGAAAGAAGAACAUGUUGUUGGUCCCAAUAGCAUUUACAAGUGACCACAUUGAAACGCUUUAUGAGCUGGAUAUUGAGUAUGCCCGGGUUUUAGCAAAUGAAUGCGGAGUUGAAAACAUCAGAAGAGCAGAAUCGCUGAAUGGAAAUCCACUGUUCUCUAAGGCUCUGGCAGACUUGGUCUGUUCACACAUCCAGUCGAAUGAAGUCUGCUCUAAGCAGUUAACGCUCUGCUGUCCGCUCUGUGUAAAUCCUGUCUGCAGGGAGACAAAAGCUUUCUUCACUAAUCAACAGCUGUGAUGGGCAGUGCGGGAUGGCACGGCUGGGUUGUGCAGGAAAAUUGCCCUGGCGAAGCAGUGCAAAGGAAAAUCUGCUUGACCCAGCUCUCUUGUGUUACAUACUUACAGGCUGGUAGUCUCAGUGAUGUUAACCUCAUAUAGCAGCUUGGAGAAUUUGACUUUUUUUUUUUCUUACGUUUUACUUUGUUUGAGAAGUGUUUGUAGAAAGUAGGGAAACAAGGGUGUGUGUUCUGAGAUGUGAAAAGGUCUCAUCUCAUCUGAUUCUGGUUGGAUUUAGCAUGAGUAUGCACCGAAAAGCCUAACAAGCUUUUAUACCAAUCGGCUUUUGUUCCCUACGGAGGGAUUUCUUUGUAUGCAUUUUUUUCACGAGUGCAUUAAUUUCAGUUUUCCAGAUCAAGCAUACAAUUACUUUGUUUUGUUUAUGCAAGGCAUAGCAUAACCAGCAUCGUCACCAGUUGUCUCUUCUGAGAGCGAUCUCUUCAGGUGGGUUCGAAGAUCAAGUGACUUCUAAUGCUUUUUAAAUAAUCUGUGUAUUUUUUUUUAGAACAUAAAGAUAAGGUUUUGUUUUGUUUCUUCCUGCCAGAAACUUCCUGUGAAAGCUUAGCUGGGUUAGCAGAACUCACAAGACUUGUUUACAUUUCUAGAUUAAAACACUUUCAUCAUCUGCAGGAAAGCCCCUGCACUUGAAAAGCAUACAGUGAAAGACAAAAUUCUGUUUGGGUGAUGCCAAAGAACCUGCGCAGUUGAAACAAAGUGUGUAUGUUUCAAAUCUAGCAACCAUCAGCAGCAUGUGUUGAAACAUAUUGGUUCAUCUGUCUUCUCAGCAAAGUGACUUUAUUAUUAUUAUUAAAAAGGGCUUUCUCUGUUUGGUUAAGGAAAUUUAGUCAGGCUUGUUCUCCAGAAGGUUUAUAGAUCUGCUCUGUGCUUUCUACUGUGUCACAGUGCUGUGGUAUUUGUGGGUAUCUAUGGACUUACAGAGGUACAAUUGACCUAGCUUAAUUGAUGCUGUUAUUUAAGAGUGAGAUGAUAAAUCAUGAGUAGUUCACGUUGCAGAUGCCUGAGUGCAGAGAGGAGAGCAGGCUGCCCCUCGUGCUGACAGCUGUGUGCUUACACAUACCUUUGUCAGAAGCCAUGUUUUGUCUGUUACAUUUCUGGCACCCAUCGUGAGCCUGGAGUUAAUGAACUCGUAACCCGUCUACACUUCUUGCUUGUUUUGGCAGGAGUUCGGGUGCUGAAUCCACCUUGGUGGUGGUAGCUUUGUGGAGUGUGAGGAGCCUUUUGAGGGCAGUAUCCCUUCGCUGUCAGCACCAGGACUGGCAUCCAGGCUGGUUUUGGGAUGGGAGGGGACUUUUUUCAGAGGCUGUCACCACACAGCAUGCCUGAUCUCGGCACCUGAAGUAGCUUAGGGUAGAAGCAGUGCAGCACCUCAGUCACUGGUCCUCCCCACGGGGGCUCCCUCCUGGGAUGGAGGAGCCACAAAGCUGUGAGUGUUUGCAGGGACAGAGCCAUAUGAGUAUUAGUCUAGCUGUCACCUUCAUGGAUGUAAAUGUUCACUUCACUUAACUUGCACUGAAACACCAGUUCUUUGGCAAUGCAGGUUGUUUUCUGUAAAUUGAUGAUUCAGCUAAUCAUGAGGUUUGAGAAGCAGGUGCCCUGCUGCUCAGACAAGUUUACUUGUGUAUGUAACUGAGGCAUGAAGAGUUUGAACUUCUGGUCUUCAACAGUGGGGUUGAUUAAAAAGAAAAUUGGCCUCUGUUGGUAUAACAGAGAUUUAUCUUGUUCUAUUUUAUGUUAAAGGAAUUAAACAUGGGGUAUUAAAGAAAUGAAUGGAUGCCGUGUUGGUCAGCCAGUGGGCCAGGUACUGCCAUGGGCAGUGAUGUAAAUCCUGGUCUCCUACCUCGGUAGGGCCCACAGCCCAAUACGUCUUGAGGGUCGACUGAAAAGUCUUCACUGCCAUCCAGCAGCUUCCGAAUGUGAUUAUGGUGAGACAGAAUCAAACUCCUUCAGUGCCAGAACUGCCUGUGUUACUGCUGCCCCCUUGUUGCUGUAGCAGAAAAAAGUCUUCCUCCACCCUUUGUACCUGUGCUUCUCAGGGCAGGGAGGCGCAGGGGCAGCUCUGCAGAUGCCAAGGACGUGCCACUGUGUGCUCCCUGCCUUGGGCUUUGACUUCCAGAACCUUGCUGUGUUUGUAGUGCUCCCCGACUAGCAGAGGUGUACGGUUUUCAAAGAGUGGGAGAAUCUGUACGGGAAUUUUUCCCCUUUUGUGGACAUGAGUAGACACUGGGCUUUUGAGUGUUGAGUAGGACCAGUAGUGUGACCACAAGACACUACCUAGCCAAAGCGCUCUCUCCAAGACCUUUGGUUGCCUUCAAGUCUUUCAGCUCAGUCUGUCUUGGCAUGGAGAGUACCCGAGUGCCCAUAUCAGUGCUGCAGGGAGUUUGUGUCUCCCUUCUGCCUUUCUUGCUCAGCUCAUGGUCUCUGCUCGCUGCCGCAGCAGGAAAAGGGAAUGCGAAGCUGAUUCCUGCCCUUUCUCAGGCGGAGUAGGUAGUGUUAUUGUGUAUGAAGGGGUGACAUUUUUAUGGAAAGGCUUUGAAUCAAUGCCAAAGGACUAACAAUGUCAGCAGUAUGCGUGGGGAGCAAAUCCCUUAUGUCUCCCGUUGGAUGAACUUUUCUCCGUUCCCACUUCUCUGCUUGAUGCUUAUGGGUGAGUGGCAAACAGUCUGUUUUGUAAAAUCUUCCCACUCAUGCCUCUUUCCUACCAGCUGAAGGUUAUUGUGACCUCCAGACCCAGGUUGCCACCAGCACAUUUCAGUGUCUGCAGCUGGAAACUGAAGGUUAACUUUAUGUGAUCAUUGCAAUGCUAUAAAUAUAGAUUAGCUUUUUAUUUCCAUACUGGAGAGAGUACUGAAAAUAUUAGCUGGCACUAAUUAUGAGGCAUUACUUUUGUCCCCAGUAAUAAAAGGUAUUUAAAAUGCACUUUUUAGUAUGCUAACCACAAGUGAGAUAAUUACUAAGCAUCUUUAGCAAUUGUUGCUAUUAGACCAUAAUGCAGAAAUCACUUAAUUUUCUAGCUUUUAGCAGAUGUCUCUCAUCUCAUAGAGUUGGUGGGGUUUUUCAUUUUGCUGAAUAGUUUAUUGUGAUAUCACUCUCCUGUUAUUUAAUGCACAUUAUUUUGUCUUAGAGCAGCAUCAAAAGCCUGUUGAAAAGCUAUCUGAGCAAGUUAACUAGCAGCUCCACUAUUAUUUUUAAUAGGAAUCGGUUUCUUCCCCUGGCAUUUAAAAAUUCAAUUUUAAAAAAGAAACCAGAGAGACUGGCAACAGUGGGAAUUCUGCUGCUGUUGAAAUCUUCUGAUGCUGGGUUUGAUGUUUGGAAGCAUUUCCCACUACGUGAACUGACAGUGGAAUUCAUCUGACCUUACUUAGAUGCUUCCAAUCCUGAUGUCAACAUCUGAGCUGGUCUCCUAGGUACUAUUUGUGGUCAAAAGAUGUUUUUUCAUAAGCGCUUCUAAGAAAUGAUUCAUCUCCCCUCGAAGUGGAUGUUCACAGCGGGCUGGGUGAGUUCCGCCCCGCUGCUGCCCCUGGGCUGCGGAGGGGGCACGGUGCGCUAGCCCCGGUGGCGCGCUGCCCUGCACGCCUGGCGCGAGGAGAGGUGAAUCCCAUCCAUGUGUGCCUUCCUGGUAGCACCCUGUGGUGCUCUGUAGCUGCUGCAUUUGGGAGUCUGCGGGCUUAAUCCUCCAGUUAUGCAUUCGGUUUUCCCCUCUGGCAGACUUUGAACAUUUGGUGCUAUUGACUCGGGACGCAGUCCUGUCAGACCCUGAGCACUUUGCUCUGACUGAAUUAUUUGAGUGCGUGGAAGUGUCAGCAUCUGGGAGACUGUAGUCUUCUGACAGAAAUCUAGUCUGAUCUUUUUCAUUAUCAAUUAUUCUCCUUUUGCAGUACUUUAUUUGCAGUUUAUCAUUUACAUUUGCCUUGACAAAAAGCUCUCCCCGUUGGAAGUGAGCCCCAGCGAUGUGUUGAGGUAGCACUCAGGGUACCCGAGCCCUCUGCUGGGAGAGCUGAGCUGGCUGACAUGGGCACUGGGGGCUUCGGGGGGGUGGCGGGGACCCUGUCCCAGCCCAGGCUGCUUGGUCUUCCCGCAGCUCAUGGUGUGGGCUGGCACACAGCCGGUGCAGCUGGGGAGCGAGAAGCUGACCUGGUGCUGCGGAGCUGUGGCCUGAGUCUGGUUAUCCUCAGGAAAGAGGUGGGGAGGGAAAGGUGCUUGCAAAUGGAGUGUUGUGAAGCAUUUGCUCGUGGUGAGACUGUCCUCCUGAUUUAAGUCUGCAGUUUUGCUUUUUUUUUUCCCUUUUUUAGUUGGAGUUUUUCUCUUUUGGAGUUUAAUAAAAUCUCCCUCAGUACUGGCUGCGUUUUAGAAAAUGUGAUAGCUUCCAAAAGCGGUGCUGUAAUGUUAAAAGGCGUGUGAAUAAUGUCAGCGGGCUACGCUCCCACUUGCCAUGGAGAAGCAGAUGUUGCAGUUGAGGUCAGUGGGGCCAAGAUUUUCCUAGGAAUAUUUAGAAGCUCGCUUUAUGUUCCCUUUCUCUCACAACAAGAGAGCUGGAAAUCAAUAUGAAGUAUAAGAUGCAAAGGAGAGAGAAAUCCCUUUUAUUUUUUAAUACCAGAUGUGUACAAAUACUUGCUUUUAGUCCUACAAAUGUAUUUCAGAUUGAACAAGGACUUCCAUUUAAUGUAAUUAACAAUUUGUAUAAUCUUGCUGUGUACCGUUUACCAUGAAGUUGGAAUUUCAAUUAAAGGUUUUUGGAAGAAGGAACUGA